AUGGACAGCUUAGGUGUCGCGAGUGAGAGCCAGGGAAUGCUAUUACCCGCAUACGGUGCCACGCUUGACUAUCUUCAGAAGCAGACUCCACAGCCGCAACACCAGCAACAGCAGCAGCAGUUGGAGAUUACACCGACGGAUUCGCCACCGAUCAGUUACUUCCAGCAGUUCUUCUAUCCUGCCGGUGGUGGUGGCGGCGACGAUCCUUCGACAUCACGUGGUCCACGUUCGAGGGAGUUUCCGAGCCCACUGGAUCUCUCACUACGUCCGACGAAUGUGCCCAUGACACCACCGUCGACUCCGUCACCUCCAAGGAAACGGCUGAAAUCGUACGAUGAGUCCACAGCCGAGACACCCGUCAUAGCAACUCCUCGGCCGGCUGUAACCUGGCGAAACGCUCGAAAUCAGUUCUCAGACACGGUGUGUAUCGACGACAAGCGUUACUACGCCAACACCACAUUAAGCGAGCGACCAGAGGCAUUCCAGUACCUCGACGAACGGGCUCGUUCGGCACCAUUCCGAUAUCCACCGGUAGAGAGCAAGCCAGAACAGCGUGCCGAUGAUGGGUCACAGGAAGAGUUCAUCGAUAUUACGGGUGUUGCUGCAGGACAACCAGCAGGUGAUCCUGAUCUCGACCACGAUGGACCAGGAUCUACGAGCUCCAACAUCGACGUGGAGUCACUUGACAACGACGCCGAUGACAGCAAGGAAUCGAUCAACAUCGUUGACAGCGAGGAGAAAGAAAACACGGGUGCCGUACUGAACGAGGGCCAGCGGUACUUCGCGGACGAACGACUCCACCUACAGGCCAUCGAGGGUUUUGCGAGGCUGUUUGAACGCAGCUUUCCGGCGGCCGGGUCAAAACGGAGUGCUCCUUCAACUGGACGUGCCUCAGGUUCGAAGGCAGAACGUCGUCGAAGCAAGGUCCGUCGGCAGGGUACAGUUGAUGAGGACCACACGAGCCCAGUGUCUGGGACAAUCAUCCGGAAGCUACGUGACGGCGAGGAGCUCGUCGUACGCAAAGGUGACAUCGAUCCGGCGUUCAACGUGGUCGAGAUCACGGACGAAGCGAAAGAGAUCCUUUCGAAGAUCGACAACAAGAUCGGGUCGUACCUGUGUCAACUCUGCCGUGCGCUGUAUGACGACGCGUUUGGGCUGGCACAACAUCGCUGUUCGCGCAUCGUUCACAUCGAGUACCGGUGUUCCGAGUGUGACAAGGUGUUCAACUGUCCUGCCAAUCUAGCCUCGCACAAGCGCUGGCACAAGCCACGUGGAGCACCAGCUGAGGGCAGAAAGCCGUCCACUGGCGGGUCAUCAGGUGGGCAGACAAGAUCAGCCACUGGAUCAGGAUCCGAUCGGCAGGAGCGAUGUACCUCCGAGGAUGAGCCAAUAGAAAUUCUGGACACCUCCAACGACAACCAGCAGCCGCUGACGGUGCUACCGGUCGAGGAAGAAGCGACGUUUCCUUGUGGCCAGUGUGGCAAAACCUUCCGCAGGCAAAGCUACCUCCGGAAGCACGCCAUUUCCCACCAGAUGGAGCCAGCGUUGCUGCGUUCUUCAGCACUCGGAAGCGGCUCCAUCACUACACCAUCGUCUCUCACCUCCGAUGGGACCGUUGUUCAUGCCGGUCAUCACCUUCUGACGGGAUCUGCCGGAAGUGGUUCCUUUGCGGCGGCUUUCGACAAACUGACACGUCCUUUGACGACACCAACGUCGGCAGCUGCGGCAGCAGGUCUGUUUCCGUUUGCCGCGUGUUACGGUGGCAUGGCAACACUGGCCGGUACCAACACCGGAAGUGCAGGUGCCAAUGCGAUUCCAACCUCAGCGCACUACAGCGAGCUCGAGAAACGUCGGUGGCAAUCGCUCAGUGAGCUUUACUUGCAGCAACGCGAACGUCUGUCUGCGUUCCAGUACGUGCGGCAGCAUCACUACGAGGAUUACUUGAAAUGUUUUACUCCAUUCCAGUUCGCUCGUGACAAAACCUGA